CAUCACUUACUCCCCUUCUUGCUGUUGUAAUAAAUCUCCAUCAGUCAUGACGCAGGAACUCCAACUGCAGAACAAGGUGGACUCCAUCAUGGAGUACCUCACCACCUCCCUCGACACCCCCUACCAUGGAUCCAGCUCGAUGACCCCGUGCAUUUACGAUACAGCCUGGCUGGCCCUGAUCAUCAAACCAGAGGGCGUCUUCAAUGACCAUCGCGACGCAGCCCAGCACCUGCACUCACAAUGGCUCUUCCCCGAAUGCUUCCAGGCUGUGCUGGACAGCCAAUCGACCGACGGGGGCUUUGGCUCCUCGCGCGCCAGUCGCGUGGACGAAGUGAUGAACGCAAUGGCUGCGGUGCUUGCUCUGAGCAAACACGCGCACAAUCCUACUGUCACGCCCUCCUCCUCCUGCUCGCCAUCAGACCUACAAGAACGCAUCGACCGGGGCAUCCGCUACCUUCAUUCCGCCCUCUCCACCUGGGACAACGAGGCAGUCCUUGCCACCGAUCACGUCGGCUUCGAAAUUCUCAUUCCCUGCCUCCUCGACCUCCUCAAAGCCGAAGGAGGCAUCGACCUCCGCGCCAGCUUCCCCGGCCACGCGGCCUUGAUGCAGCUGAACGCGCGCAAGAUGGCUCGCUUCCACCCCUCGAUGCUCUACUCGACCCGCAAAACCACGCUCCUCCACUCCCUCGAGGCCUUCAUCGGGCGCAUCGACUUCGACGCCGUCGCGCACCACCUGACCCACGGGGCGAUGCUGAACUCGCCCUCCUCGACGGCCGCAUACCUCAUGCAUGCUACGCGGUGGGAUGCCAGGGCUGAGGCGUAUCUGCGGUUUGUUGUCGAGCAGGGAGUUGGGGCAAUGGUGCCCAGUGCGUUUCCAAUCACGAUGUUCGAAAUUUCCUGGUGUUUGUCGACGCUGCUGGAGUCUGGACACUCGACGCAGCAGCUAGGCGAGGAUGCCGUUCACAAACUUACCACAUUCGUGACGCGGCAGCUGGAGGAAUCAGAUGGAGUGUGCGGGUUUGCCCCGGGGGUGGUCCCCGACGCGGACGACACGGCCAAGUGCAUCUUCUUUCUCAACAGCACGGGCCGCCAGACGAGCUGUGACCGCAUGGUCGAGGUGUUUGAGGACGAGGCACAUUUCAAGACCUACGAUCUGGAAGUGACGGAUUCGUUCAGCGCCAACUGCAACGUUCUCAAGGCGCUGCUGACGUCGAGCAAUCCGGCUCGCCACCAGCCACAGAUCUCUAAGGUGCUCCGGUAUUUGUGCCAGCGGUGGCAUCGAGGGGGAUUGACUGACAAAUGGAAUCUGCGCCCGCAGUACUCGAUGAUGCUGCUCACCGAGGCACUGGUACUGGCCUUGCAACGGUGGGACCACGGCGACCUGCCGGAGAUCCUGCCGGAGCUGAUGGGUCACCAGGGGAUUCUGCGGGUGCUCGCAGAGAUCACGGUGCAGCUGCUUCAGACGCCGCACGCAGCAGAGAUCACGGGCGAUGCUGCGUCGGCGGAAGUCACCGGGUAUACGCUGCUGGCAUUGAAGCGCAUCGCCUCGCUGCCGUGGAGCCUUCCGCUGGGGGAGAGGAUCGACACGGCCAUUGUAGAGGCCACCCGGCACCUGCAGAUACACGAAGGUACCUGGACCCUUGCUCAGGAUCAUUGGAUCGAGAAAGUCAGCUACGGCUCGCGAUUGCUGUCCCUGACCUAUUGCGUGGCCGCGUUGGGAGCCCCGCAAUUCCACCGCUGGGGGCCGCGGGUGCUCCGGCUGUGUCUGCUGUCAGUGGAGGAGGAGGAGAAGAAGGAGAAGGAGGAGACGCAAUACAAGGCCCUGGAUGUCAUGUUGCCGAGUCGGUUGCAGGUCAUCGCGUAGGUGUGCAGUGGAGGGUAGUUGGCUGAGUAAUGGCAUGACUGUACAUAAAUGACAACACGUAUACUAUACGUAAUGUGAAAUACCGUGCUAC